AUGGCAAACAAUGAAAGCACUACCACACUAAAAACCAUAAAGGCAGCCAUGGAAGCUCAAACCUACUUCUUGGGUAUUGCCCUCUCCUUGCUCUUUCUAUUGAAUUGGCUUGCAAAAUAUUACAAGCUAAAACCUAAUGUCUCUCACAAACUUCCCCCUGGCCCAAAUACGCUACCUCUCAUAGGGAACCUGCAUCAAUUAGCACUAGCAGGUUCACUUCCACAUCAUGCUCUCCGAAAACUUGCUCAAAAAUAUGGACCUCUGAUGCAGCUCCAACUUGGUGAAAUUCCUACAGUGAUUGCAUCCUCCUCCGAGAUGGCCAAGGAAAUAAUGAAAACGCAUGAUAUUGCUUUUGUUCAGAGGCCUCAAUUUAUAUUUGGAGACAUUUUGUCCUACGGGGGAAUGAACAUUGUUUUUGCCCCAUAUGGUGAUUACUGGAGACAAAUGAGAAAAAUAUGUGCAUUGGAGCUUCUAAGCGCCAAAAGAGUCAAGUCUUUCUCUUCCAUUAGAGAAGAUGAGACAGCGAAGUUAAUAGACUCAAUUCGAAGAUCAGCGGGUUCACAAGUCAAUCUUAGUCAUAAAAUUUACUCAUUGAUAAGUGCUUCUGUUUCCAGGGCAGCAUUCGGUGGCAAACAUAAGGACCAAGAGGAAUUUGUUCUUCCUUUACUGCGAAGAGUAAUAGAAGCUAUUGGAGGAUUUGAUUUUGUCGAUCUUUUUCCUUCAUUGAAAUUCAUACAUUUCAUAACUGGGAAGAGGGCUAAAUUGGAAAAGUUGCAGAAGCAGGUUGACGAGCUCUUGGACAGAGUUGUCCAAGAACAUCAAGACAAACGAAAAGAGGUAAAAGAAGGCGGGGUUGAGAUAGAGGACGAAGACUUCGUUGAUGUUCUUCUCAGAAUUCAAGAAAAUGACACUCUCGACGUCAAAAUGAAGACCUCACAAGUCAAAGCUGUGAUAUUGGAUGUAUUUGUCGCCGGAUCUGAUACUUCAGCGUCAGUAUUAGAGUGGGCGAUGGCAGAAAUUAUGAAAAACCCAAGAGUGAAGGAGAAAGCACAAAGUGAGAUAAGACAGGCAUUCAGAGAAAAGGAAACAAUUCAUGAAAGUGAUGUUGAAGAACUUAGUUAUUUGAAGUUGGUGAUCAAAGAAACAUUGAGGUUGCACCCACCUGUUCCUUUGUUGAUCCCUAGAGAAUGCAUGGAAUUAACCAACAUUGAUGGAUACGAAAUACCCAAAAAGACGAAAGUUAUGAUAAAUGUAUGGGCAAUGGGAAGAGAUGCUGAAUAUUGGAGUGAUGCUGAGAGGUUUAUCCCAGAGAGGUUCGAAGGUAGUUCUAUGGAUUUCAAAGGGAAUAACUUUGAGUAUGUGCCGUUUGGGGCUGGAAGGAGAAUGUGCCCAGGCAUGACAUUUGGUUUAGCCAGCAUCAUGCUUCCACUGACUCUAUUACUUUAUCACUUCAACUGGGAACUCCCAAAUGAGAUCUCACCUGAGAAUAUGGACAUGACUGAACAACCCGGUUUGGUUAUUGGGAGGAAAAACGCAUUGCGUUUAAUUCCCUUUGUUUAUCAUCCAUGA